UCUGGGUCCUUUUCUUUCCCUUUUUCAACACAAAAGCUCCAAACUUUGUGCUUCUUUAGCCCAACAGAACAAAAGGGUACAAACAUGGUUGAUAAUUUAGCUGACUUUUUCCAACAAAAUGAAGAAUUUGUCGACCAUACCACAAACCCCCAGUUGGAAGGAUAUGACCUCUUCAGCAUCUUUGAUAGUUUGGAGAAUGUUGCAGAAUUCAGUAUGAUCGAGGACGACACCGAGCUUGAGACUUCCCCUAAAACCAAGCGCUUGAAACUGAACGGUUCCGCUAUGGCUGGUGUCUCUUCCUCAGAGGAUGCAAACCCUGAUGGAGCACAAAGAAUGUCUCACAUCACGGUAGAGCGCAACCGUAGGAAGCAAAUGAACGAGCACUUGUCGGUGUUGAGAUCGCUCAUGCCUUGUUUCUAUGUCAAGAAAGGAGAUCAAGCUUCAAUAAUUGGAGGGGUGGUGGAAUACAUCAAAGAGUUGCAACAAGUUCUUCAAUCACUAGAGGCCAAAAAGCAAAGGAAAGUGUAUAGUGAAGUGUUGAGCCCUAGGGUUGUUUCAAGUCCAAGGCCUUUGCCAAUGAGUCCAAGAAAGCCACCACCACUAAGUCCUCGCCUUAACUUGCCAAUUAGUCCAAGAACCCCACAACCCACUAGCCCUUACAGCAAGCCUCCAAGGUUGCAACAGCCUCCCACCACCGAUAUGGCUAAUAACAACAUCAGCACAGUAGAGCCAUCGCCCUGUAAUUCAUCUUCCACCACAAAUUCCUCCAUUGACAAUGGUAACAAUGGUAACAACGGUAACAAUGAUCUUGUGGCGAAUUCAAAAUCCGGCAUAGCUGAAGUUGAGGUGAAGUUUACAGGUCCAAAUGUGGUUUUGAAGACAGUUUCUGCUCCAAUCCCUGGACAAGCUGUUAAGAUCAUUGCUGCCCUUGAACAACUCUCCCUAGAAAUUCUCCAUGUCAAGAUCACCACCGUUGAUGAUACCAUGUUUAACUCUUUUACAAUUAAGAUCGGAAUUGAAUGCCAACUUAGUGCAGAGGAACUGGCUCACCAAAUUCAGCAAACAUUCUGCUAAUUGAAGUCCAGAAUUGAAGGAGGAGGAGUUUUGGUUACUUAAUUGUGUCUGCACAAAGAGAAUCCUCUUUACAAAUUAAUGUAACUCUCUUUCUUCAAUUCUUUUUUCAACUAAAAUUCCUCUUUUCAUUUAUGUAAUAGAUAGAUGCAAUC